UUGGACAAUAAUCAUGUGAGAAAAUAUUAUAAAAUGUGCAGAAAUCCUUGAAAACCAUUCUACUUGUAACAUAUUAACAUUUUAGUCAUGAGUGGAUGUCCAUAUUUUCAAGCGAAAUUUGUGUCCAGCAGUAAACAGCCUCUGACAGAAGAUGAGAAUAAUGAUUCUCAAACUGGAGUUAACAAAGCCAGCAAAGGAGGUCUUAUCUAUGGAGACUAUCUGCAGCUGGAUAAAAUAGUGACAUCUCAGGUGCUUCAAAGUGAGCUGAAGGGAAACAAGAUCCAUGAUGAACAUCUGUUCAUUGUCACACAUCAAGCCUAUGAGCUGUGGUUUAAACAGGUUCUUUGGGAGCUGGACUCAGUGAGAGAAAUCUUUAUAAGUGGACAUGUUCGUGAUGAGAGAUACAUGCUCAAGGUCAACACUCGCAUUAACAGGAUUGUAAUGAUAUUCAGACUGUUGCUGGAUCAGUUUGCUGUUCUGGAAACUAUGACUGCCUUAGACUUUUUUGACUUCAGGGAAUAUCUCUCUCCAGCCUCGGGUUUCCAGAGUCUACAGUUUCGACUUUUGGAAAACAAGAUUGGGGUCCCACACAACCAGAGGGUCCCUUACAACAGAAGACAUUACCGAGACAAUUUCCGUGGCGAGGAGAACGAGCAUCUCAUCUGCUCAGAGCAGGAACUCACUCUGCUCCAGUUAGUCGAGCAAUGGCUGGAGAGAACUCCUGGCUUGGAGGAAGACGGCUUUAAUUUCUUCGGGAAAUUGCAGACCAAUAUUUUCAAGGGACUCGAUGGAGAAAAAGAGAAAAUCGAGAAAAUGGAAGAGUCGGAGACGAAAGAAGAAACGAUGGCAGAGUUCAUUAAGCAUAGAGACGUUUUCUUAUCUCUCUUUGAAGAGAAGAGACAUGAUCAUUUACUGAGCACAGGUCAGAGGAGGCUGUCCUAUAAAGCAUUACAAGGAGCACUGAUGAUCUAUUUUUACAGGGAAGAGCCUCGAUUCCAGGUUCCUUUCCAGCUCCUGACGUCUCUGAUGGACAUCGAUACUCUCAUGACCAAAUGGAGAUACAACCACGUGUGUAUGGUGCACAGAAUGAUUGGCAGCAAAGCUGGAACAGGCGGCUCAUCCGGCUACCAAUACCUGCGCUCCACUGUCAGUGAUCGCUACAAGGUGUUUGUGGAUCUGUUUAACCUGGCCAACUUCCUUGUUCCGAGAGAGUGGGUUCCCAAGCUGAACCCGACAGAGCACAGUUUUCUGUACACUGCCGAGUGCUGUGACAGCUCUUACUGCAGCAGUGAUGACUCAGACUAGAGAAAGCUGGAGGGAACAGAGUCAUGAGAUAGCGGCAAGUGUGUAACUCGCCAUUCAGAAGAGCUGGAGACCUAUGAAAACGCAGGGUUGAGUCUGGCGUGUGUCAUUUCCAAAUAUUUUAUCACAAGUUGUAUUUCUAUCACAAGUUUAAAAGCUAUGCUGAUGCUUUAGUUGUACAAUAAUGUCAAUUCAAGCAUGUCAUCAAACUGUCUAAAGUACAGUAGUGGAACUGUUGACGAACUUGUAUAUACUGUCAAAAUAAUGUAAUAUAUCAAUUAUAUGUGAGGUCACCAGAUUAUUUUUUCAAUAAAGAUAAUACAAACAA